AUAAAAACUUUUUGCGUUCAAGUUGUCAGAUCAGAAGUAUCCUUGAGAAAUUAUUUGUUGCAUUCGGUAAAAAUACAGUUCAAAAUAAGCUUAAAAAAUGAAUAAGGUUGGUUGUAAAUGUUUGAAUGUUAUAAUUGAAAGUGAAUUGGACUUUUGCGAGGUGGAAAUUGAUCGAUUGGAAUUGACAAAAGAAGAGAGCGAAGAUAAAUUUUUCCAAAACGAUAAUUUAAGACAAGUGGAGAAGCUUGACAAUAUCAGCAAGAGUUUACCAGGCUUGGUUGAGACUAGGGAAGUUGGGUCAUGGAUAAUUCAUUAUUGCAUAAAUUGUCAGGUUCAUACUCACGCUAUUCACAAGAAAAAAGGUGCCUCAUGCGUUAUAGUUCAUCCAUCGCUUCUGACCGAGGAGGAAGUAAAACGACUGAGGCAUAGUGGAAAUUUUUCUAAAGCAUACAAUAUCGUGGUAGACGUUGAAAAGUUCAUCGAUGAUAAUGAUGAUAUCUUUUAUCCAAGUGAAAUGGAUUCUCUAAUGGCAGGAAUCAAACAGAAUGCAACGGAAGCAUUGAAAAAAGAGGCAGCUCUAAUAGAAGAAAGAAUUAAAAAAUACACAGAAGAACAAUAUUUGAUGCUGGAUCUCUUACGGGAAAGGCUAUCUUCAGAGGAACAGACAUUGAUGCGGAUCGUUCUUGCACAUUUCACACAAACAUCUAACAAAGAUGACAAAAACAGCUAUAAAUUCUUAAGGACACAUGACGAAGUAGUUCCUCAGAUUUCUAAGAAGUAUUCCGAUAGAGCAUCUAGCCAGGCUAUGGGUAUGAGUGCAAUGUCGCCAAAAAAACAAAAAAAGGCCAUUUUAGAAACUAAUGAAUUUGACGAUAUGAUGUUCCCUUUCGAUGGGUUGGAUGACAAGCCAUCAGAUAACGAAGAAUUUGGAGAUGUAGAUAGUAGUGAUAUUGAAGAAGCCACAAAAGAAAUCGAUAGGUAUCAAUCUAGGGUACGCAGCUCCAGUAUAAAAAUAGCCAAGUCUCUUCCUAUGGACAUUCCAGCAUUUUUGAAACCAAAGAAAAGCCAUACUGUAGACUUCGAUACUGAUGAGGACGAUGAUUCUAUUCCUAAAAAUAGCAAUAUAGAUAUUGCAGCUAGCAUUAAAAAAUUAGCUAAAAGUGUACAUGGUAGUGAGAUAUUUGGUGAUUUGCCGAGGCCAAGGUUUAGCACUCAGCUCUAGCCAUUCACUGGAAAUAUUUAAGUUUGAAGGCUCUUCACGGAAGAAGAAUGGACUAGAUUUGUAUUUUCAAACUGCCAAAAUGAUUGAUUCUAUCACAUCUUGUUUUAAUUGUGGUUGGAAGUGAGUCUGUAUGGACUUUGAAGUGCUUUACUAAGAAUAAGGUCCAAAAAUUGUGAAAAACCAAAAAAAUAUUAAAAAGUGAUAAUUACAAAAAUAUAGGAACAGUUUUUUUAUAUUGUUGUUUAAUCUUCUAGUUAAGAUACACCCAGCCAAGUUUAGAAAUACUGUGGAUUUGGUUAAGAUUUAUUUGUUUCCUAAUCUAUUAUUUUAUUGGUACAUUGACCAAAGGCUGUAGCUAUAUUUUGGAAGUUUAUGUCUUAUUUUCGGCUGUGUGUAUUUUUGCAAAACUCAAAAAAAAUAUAUAAAAUUGUUUUAAAUAAAGUAACAUUGUCUUUUCUAAUUACAUUAUAAUUUUAAUUUACUUGUCUUUUGUUUAAUUUAGUUUUAGUAUGAAUUUGCGUAUAUUAUGUGGAUAUAGAAUUGUUCAAUUAAUUUUUAAUGUGUUUUAAAUCAGUGCAUUUACAAAUUCAGAGUACAAACUUGAGAAAAUAUUGAUUCAAAGUGCUGGCAUUAUAAUUAAAUUGAAUAAAGUUUAAAAAAGUA